GCGAUGAAAGGAAAGGUUUUUCUGUUGGAAGGAGAAGGAAGUCAGAAUAUAGAUAUUGUGGGGUAGGUUUGUUUAGAACAGAAAUCAAAGACCCACUUUUCUCAGAGAAAGAAAGAACAUCUGCAAAUGAAAUGCUGUUCCUGCAACUUCAUUUGCUAGCAGUUCUCCUCCCAGGUGGCGACAAUAAAGAUGACUUCCAGGAGCCAGUCUCCUUCCAAAUCAUCCAAAUUUCAUCCUUUUACAACCGUUCCUGGGUACAAAAUCUGGGCUCAGGUUGGUUGGAUGAAUUGCAGACUCAUGGGUGGGAAAGCAGCUCUGGCACUAUCAUUUUCCUGUGGCCCUGGUCCAAGGGCAACUACAGCAAUGAAGAGUGGAUGGAACUGGAAAAGCUAUUCCGUAUGUCCUCCAUUGGAAUUCCCUAGAUGUUUCACAACCUUGCCAGUCAACGGCAGCUUGAAUAUCCCUUUGAGGUACAGAUAACAGCAGGUUGUGAGCUGCACUUUGGUGAAAUCUCAGUAGGCUUCAUGCGUGGUGCUUAUCAAGGAUCAGAUUUCAUAAGCUUCCAGAACAAUUCAUGGUUGCCAUCUCCAGAUGGUGGAAGUAGGGCUCAGCAUGCCUGUGAACUAUACAAUGGGGAUAAAGUUGGCCUGGAAAUAACAGAUAGGUUCCUCAGUGACACCUGUCCACGUCUCCUCUUGAGUCUUCUUGAUGCAGGGAAGGCAGAUCUCCAGAGACAAGUAAAACCAGAGGCCUGGCUGUCCACUGGCCCCAGUCCUGGUCCUGGCCGUCUGAUGAUGGUUUGUCACGUCUCUGGCUUCUACCCAAAGCCAAUUUGGGUGAUGUGGAUGCAGGGCGAUCAGGAGCAUCUGGGUACUCAGCAAAGUGACAUUUUGCCCAAUGCUGAUGGGACAUGGUAUCUUCGUAAGUCCUUGGAUGUGGAAGCCCUCGAAGCAGCUGGCCUGUCUUGCCGGGUGAGACACAGAAGUCUAGGAGGCCAGGACAUCAUUGUCUACCAGGAACGUCACAGCUUCACGGGCUGGAUCUUCUUGGCAGUGAUAGUGCCCCUGGUGCUUCUGACGGGUCUUGCGUUUUGGCUUAGAAAGUGCUGGACACACUGUGAAGCUCCAUGCACCAUUGUCCUGUUGAAAUGAGAUCCCAGCAGCGCAGGAGCUCAGAACAUAUGAAAACUCAACACCAUGUUGAUGUCCUUUCAACUGUCCUUGUACAAACUUGUUGUUUUUUAUUUCUCCUUAAUGAUCUAUUAUCAAUAUAAGCUAGAUGUAAUUUUGCAGGAUUUGUUGUUCUUACCUGGGUUCUAGCACUUAAAACUCAUAUUAUAACUCUGAAUGGAUGAGAUCCUAGCAACCUCCACACAUUCAGAUAUUAAUGGGUCAUCAGGCCCAUUUCAGAUGCCACUUCCUCCAGAGGGCCUUCCCUGAUGCACAAGUGUAAGCAGUCUCUGCUUUGUCUGACUUCCCAGUGCACUUGAACCGUACUUUGCCAAAUCUAAUCCUCACUUCCUGCCCUUUUUUGUAGCUAUUUAAAUCCCUUUUCCCCUUAUAAUUUUUAAGCUUUUUGACAGCAAAGCACAUGUCUUUUUAACAUUUGUAUCCUUGGCAAAGUGUCUCACCUGCAGGUAAUAUGUUCUCAAUAAAAAUCUGUGUUGAAUUUA